CAAAAAUUUUGUCAAACCAUACAAAAUAUUUUUUGUCGUCUGAAUCGGAUAAAAACGUAUCAACUUGUUGACUCUUGACUGUAUUACAAAACUUUGUGGUACUCCACAAUAUUGAAUAGUACAAUAUGGCGGAAAAUACUGAGAAAGUAGAAAGUGGUUUAGAUGCACGGAGACGAAUACUAAACAUAGCUGUAUCCACUGUUUUGCUGGAAACAGGCUUCGAGUCUGCUGAAAAAAUGGCACUAGAAACUCUUACAGAAAUGCUUCAGUGUUUUCUUACAGAGGUUGGUAACUCAGCCAAAGGAUACUGUGAGCUAUCGGGAAGAGUUGAACCAGUACUUGGAGAUGUGUAUAUGGCACUAAUCAAUAUGGGCAUCAACUUACAAGGCUUGGAACAAUAUGCUGCUCGGCCCAACAGGCAUGUGAUUCAGCCUCCCCAGCAAGCCCCAGCUCCUCGGACACCAGCCAUGCUGUCUGCAGGAUCUAAGGCCAAGGCUGCUCCUCAUAUACCAUUCCAUCUGCCUCCACUACCUGAUCCACAUGCUUACAUAAGGACACCAACCCAUAAGCAGCCAGUGACAGAAUAUGAAGCAAUAAGAGAAAAGGCUGCCUCACAAAAGAGGGACAUUGAGAGAGCGCUAACUAAGUUCUUAGCUAAAACUAGUGAAACACACAACCUGUUCAAUACUGAAGAUAAUCAGGUGUUCCCAUUAAUAGCCUGCAAGCCAACAUUCCCAGCAUACUUACCAUGUCUGUUACCUACAGACCAAGUAUUUGAUUUUGAAGAACUGGAGUACCACUUUGCUGUUAACAAUCGAACUGAAGAUAUGCCAGCUGACAAGAAAGAUCAAUCUGACAAUGAAGCUGACAAUAUGGGUGAUGGUGAUAACCCAAAUAGUUCACAAAUGGACAACCCUGAUACAAGUAUGGCAUCUAGCCCAGAACGGAGCAAAGCUGGUGGAUAAAUACAAACUUAUCAAGACUUCUUUAAGGCUAAGCUAAGAAAACAUAGUAUUUAAAUAAAAAUACAAUUUAAGUC